CGGAAGUGUGGUGGCCUUCGCUACUGAGCGCCGCGAAGCCACGUGUGGAGCCCCGGGAGCCGGCGAGCAGCGGGUCCCUGGCACUUGGCAGACGUUAAUACCAUGAGCUUUGUGGCAUAUGAGGAACUGAUCAAGGAGGGCGACACGGCCAUUCUGUCUCUGGGCCAUGGUUCAAUGGUGGCAGUGCGUGUGCAGCGUGGGGCACAGACCCAGACCCGGCAUGGCGUCUUGCGGCACUCAGUGGAUCUCAUCGGGCGCCCCUUCGGCUCUAAAGUGAUCUGCAGUCGUGGUGGCUGGGUGUACGUGCUGCACCCCACACCUGAGCUCUGGACGCUGAACCUGCCACACCGCACACAGAUUCUCUACUCCACCGACAUUGCCCUUCUCACAAUGAUGCUGGAGCUGCGGCCUGGCUCUGUGGUCUGUGAGUCUGGCACCGGCAGCGGUUCUGUGUCCCAUGCCAUUAUCCGCAGCAUUGCCCCCACGGGCCACCUGCACACAGUGGAGUUCCACCAGCAGCGGGCAGACAAGGCCCGGGAGGAGUUCCAGGAGCAUCGCGUGGGCCACUGGGUGACUGUGCGCACCCAGGACGUAUGCCGCAGCGGCUUCGGCGUGAGCCAUGUGGCCGAUGCUGUCUUCCUGGACAUCCCUUCACCCUGGGAGGCUGUGGGCCAUGCCUGGGAUGCCCUCAAGGUUGAAGGUGGGCGCUUCUGCUCCUUCUCACCGUGCAUCGAGCAGGUCCAGCGUACAUGUCAGGCACUGGCAGCCCGAGGCUUCACAGAGGUGAGCACCCUGGAGGUGCUGCCACAGGUCUACAACGUGCGCACUGUCAGCCUCCCCUUGCCUGACCUGGGGGCCAAUGACCUGGGGGCCAGCACAGGCGUCCUUGGGAGCCCCGAAGCCAGCCCCUUCCGCAGCGGCACACCCAUGAAAGAGGCCGUGGGCCACACUGGCUACCUGACUUUUGCCACCAAGACCCCAGGCUAGUGGGCCUGGGCAGGAGCACCAGGGAUCUGGGAGCAUCCCCUGCAGACAGUGAGACCAGAGGCUGCCUUAUAUGGUCAGCAGAUGCCUGCUGGGGUUUGUGUUUAGAAACAGACAGUAGGGUGGGCCUUAGGGCCUUCUGGGUGCUGAAAGGGAGGGCUAGGAGGGGUGGUCCUGGUGAAGAGCAGUGGCCAUUCCCAUCUGCCUGCGUCACUGCUGAGCUCAGGCUCUGGCCUAGCUGCUGUUUGUUGCCAACAUGAAAUCUCUACUGCCACAGACUCUCCUGGGUAUUGAGGCCAAGGGACACAGGGUGAGGGUGGACGAGGAUAGGGGCACUGUGCCCGAGGCCUGCACUGGGGACUAUCGUAUCUCUGUGCCAAAGCUCCAGGUACUAGUGGUCCCCAGGCUUGGCCAGAAGCCAUGGGUGAGCUGACCCAGAGAGCCCUGCUUUGGCCUAGCCUCCUUGGAAGGUGACCCCACCGCCUAGGGUGUUGCAUAGGCCAUGUGUGAAUGUCCCUGCACCCAGACCUUUGGUGGCCUCUCUUGUCCACAAGGCAGGGUGCAGCUGCUGCCCAGCCAGAACCCUCAGACCGUUAAGAGUCUGAGAUGAUGCUACAUCUCAUAGAGGAAGCCCAGCAGGAUGGGUAUGUGCUUGCAGUGACCUGAUGGCUCCAUGUUGGGGCCGGGCUUGAGCCCCAGCCUGUACAGCACCAGACCUCCCUGUCCCUCAUGGGGCCUCUGGGGUGGUGAUGGAAGCCCCUCUACAGGGACAGUUGGUAUUGGGUUGGGAGGUGCAUCCUAGACAGCACUUUUGUCAUCAUCUCUUGAAGGCUUGAGGGGGCAUUUCCUAAGAGGGCAUUGGGCAGCUGCCUGCUGUGUAGCCUUCGGCCUGGUAACUAGCAUAAGGAAAACCCAGCGCCCGGGUCAGGCCAUGGGGAUGUCCUAUAGCUGCCGCUGGAGCUCAGGAGCAGCCAUCAGGAGUCUGCUAUGUCGUACUGCCAUGGACCGACACCCAUGUGCCUGACAGCAAUAAACGUGCUGCCCUGCUGUGCUGACUGCUCUCCUCAGCUGCCCAAGGAGC